CGGGUGCAAGUGCCCCAAAUAAAUAUCUUCUCUCAUUGAUAAGUCUCCUUGGGGAUUAUUCUGCCUAGGUGGUGGUCAGUGAAUGGCAUUGUGACACCGGGAGUCGGGAUUAUCGUGGAUAGUCGUAGCUAGCCAUGGAAUAAACUCUUGAGAUUUCUCAUUUAUGUUCCUGUAGUCUGAUUAUCCAUUUUCUUCUGAAUAAGUAACAUCGGUAUUAAAUCAAUAGCAGGUUUCCCUGCUACACGACUCUUAUGUUCUCUCUUCACCGUCUUGUAUGUGUACCUUGUUGGCCUGACGAGGACCUUGUGCGCAACCCCCCAUCCAAUUCAAGAGGUUGGCGAGGAUAAUGUUCCCACUGAGAUCCCCUUCCUGAGCCAUUAUUUAAAGGAAUGGUAUUCCGGCCUUGUUCAUUUCUUUUCUGCAGAUUUCUCAGAAACCAAGCUUGGUGGUGUCCGAGUAUAAAAACAACCUCACCUCACCUCAACCUCCUCUUACGUGGAUACACACCACUCCGCCAUCAAUUAUCUAGAGCCCUUUUACGUAAAGGGAGGACAGAGUCUUAUUACUCCAUCUCUUCUAGCCGGUCUCUUCCGUCAAUGAUGGUGCAGAGAGAUCAGUGGCCCAACUCACAGCAGACAGACAUUGACACCGCCCCCCCCCCCAGAGGAGAUGAGGGAGGGUCAAAGUUUAACCUAGAGAAGGGAAAGGCGGCUUUUCACCUAGAUCAGGCAAUCAGGGCCUUUUCUUUUUUUUUUCCUCCUUGCACUUCGUCUGACUGGUCCUGGUUUUUCAUCUUCCCCUCCCUUCCCUCGGCUUGCGCGGUUACCGCAGCUUGGUAUUACUUCAUCCCGGGACAAAUGAAAGGGAAACAAAAUACAGUGGAGAAAAGGAGUCACAGGUCCCUGUCUAGCCACGCAAGAGAUCCUUGGCCAUCCCCUCCAAGUCUCUUGCUAGGAGGAGGACCGAGCAUGGUUUCACUGGCUCCCGGUUCGGAUCUAACCCUCUCUAUCCCUCUCUCUCGGGGAGAGAAACUGGACCUUGCCUAAAGCACAACCGUAGUAGGAUGUUAUACCGUCCGUCAAGUGCUAUUCAACGGAGUUCUUUGAACAACGCGUAGAUGGCUUCGGGGUUCUGUUAUCCGUUG